CAGCCAAGCACCGACAGCAUGGGUGACUUCGCAAACUUCGGCGGCACUGAUGAGGAGAAUGCUGAGAUCAGGCGUCUUAAUACGGACGUUGAAGCGGAUCCCGACAACUUCGAGAACUGGGAGAAACUGAUCCGGGCCUGCGAGGGUCUUGAGGGCGGCCUUAACCGCAACUCGAGCCCUCAGGCUUUGGCAACCCUACGCGACUCCUACGACCGUUUCCUUCUGAAGUUUCCGCUGCUGUUCGGCUACUGGAAGAAGUAUGCCGACCUCGAGUUCAACAUCUCCGGGCCCGAGUCGGCCGAAAUGGUCUAUGAGAGAGGUUGUGCCAGCAUUACCAACUCGGUCGAUUUGUGGACCGAGUACUGUUCCUUUAAGAUGGAAACCACUCACACUCCCCACCUUGUGAGAGAGCUCUUUGAGCGCGCCGCCUCACAUAUCGGCCUCGACUUCCUCUCGCACCCGUUCUGGGACAAGUAUUUGGAGUACGAAACUCGGCAGGAAGCACACGACAAGAUCUUUGCCAUUCUUAACCGCGUCAUUCAUAUCCCGAUGCACCAGUACGCGCGCUACUUUGAGCGCUUCCGGCAGCUGGCUCAUACGCGGCCUCUCCAGGAACUCGUCCCGGCCGACGCGCUGGCUCGAUAUCGAGCCGAGGUCGAGGCCGAAGCUAUCCAGUUUGGCAUUCAGAAGCCCGAGCUCGAGAUUGACCGCGACAUCCGGGCCAAAAUUGACGCCUCUUACUACCUGAUCUUCCAGCGCACCCAAGCCGAAACGAGCAAGCGAUGGACGUACGAGGCUGAAAUCAAACGGCCAUAUUUCCACGUGACCGAGCUUGAGCACCACCAGUUGGUUAAUUGGCGCAAGUACCUUGAUUUCGAGGAGGAGGAGGGCAACUACCAGCGGAUCGUCUUCCUGUACGAGAGGUGCCUGGUCACGUGUGCGCUGUACGAAGAGUUCUGGCUCCGGUACGCUCGGUGGAUGUCGGCGCAGGAGAACAAGGAGGAGGAGGUCCGGAACAUUUACCUGCGUGCGGCCACGCUGUUUGUCCCGGUCAGCAGACCGGGCGUGCGCCUUCAGUUUGCCUAUUUUGAGGAGAUGUGCGGCCGAAUCGAUGUCGCUCGGGACAUCCACGCGGCAAUCCUCAUGAAGCUGCCGGACUGUGUCGAGGCGAUCGUGUCGUGGGCCAACAUGCAGCGGCGGCAGAGCGGUCUCGACGCGGCAAUCGAGGUGUAUAAGGCGCAAAUCGACUCGCCCGUUGUGGACAUAUACACCAAGGCCGCAUUAGUUACGGAGUGGGCGUUACUGUUGUGGAAGGUGAAGGGCUCCGUUGAUGAAGCCCGCGUCGCCUUUGCCAAGAACGUGGAGUGGUACGCCGACAGCCGCCACUUCUGGCAGAAGUGGCUCGAGUUUGAGCUGGAGCAGCCGACCAAUGCCGAACUCGAGGGGCAGCAUGCUGAGCGGGUGAAGAACGUCUUUGCCGAGAUGCGGUUGAAGAGCCGUCUCUCCCCAGGCAUCAAGCAGGAGUUAGGCCGGGUGUAUCUGAAUUACCUGCAGCAACGCGGGGGCAAGCAGGCAAUGAAGGAGUUCUUGCUCAUCGACCGAGAGCUAUUUGGUCCCCAGUCGGUUUCUCCCAUCACCAAGGCCAAGCAAGCCAAGGAGGAUGCUGGCCUCGCAGGACUGGACGAAGCCACCCGUCUGAAGGCGGAACGGCGGUUCUACAACUAUUACGAGUUGCACACGGACCCGGACGCGAAUGCCCAGGGACCAGCUAGCUUUGACUAAUGGAUUUUUGGGGAUGCCUCCACCCCAUUUCAGUAACAUGUUAACGGCAGCUAUGGUUCGGUGAGCGUCUGGUGGGAUUCUGAGUGUCAUCAUGCGAACGACGCAGCAUAUCAAGUUCGUUGGUGAAGAAAAGGCGCACGCCGUUUUUGUGCCGGAAUUGGGGGAGG